AAUAUUUUGAAAGUUGAUAAUAUGACCAGAGAGGUGAUUCAUCCGAAAGUUCGCAUAAUCAGUAUUAAUUUACUGCGGAUUCUCAAUACAGUAAAAGGAGGUGAUGGGAAUAAAUACUCUGCCAAGCUUGAACAUGGAGAUUUCUUUAGUGGUGAAUCUCAGAAAGUAGAGCAUGAUGAGAACAAUAUAUUGCCUUUCGAUCAUACCUUUAAGUAUGAUUUUCAUUUAAAGGAUGCGAAGUCGAUAGAAUCCUUGUGUUCCCAGCCUUUUGUAGUAACUCUUUUCGAGCACAAACCAAAGGACAAGAAACAAAAGGAAGCUAAAAGUGAAUUGAUAGGUCAGGCUAUGUUUGAUGGUAUGCCGCUGGUGAGAAAUUCAUGCAAAUACGAACUGACUGUGAAAUUACUAAGUCCUUCUUCCUUGAUGAUUUCAGCUGAGCUUCCGACAGCCGAAAUCACAGUCUCCAUCGACCAACCACUACUGACAGACGAAUUUUUGGAACAGCUGAAUAUACUUUACGUAAAUAUAGAAUCUAUGCAGAAUGUUCCAGAAACUUUCCACUCAAAGGAUCAUUUUAACUUUGUCGCUACGCUACCAAUGCUUACUUUGGCUGAAAAUGAAGAAAUGCCUAUAAUAUCAAAUAAAGGAACUGUUAGGUCUCCAUCUGAUUCGGAAUAUGCUGACACUUCACUCAGAUGGCCAGAAAUCACAACUGCGCGUACUUUUGCAAAUAUAAUGCAAAUUGAUCCUUCCGAAGACAUACUUCUGUCUUCCAAGAAAGAAGAUGGAGAUUUUCCAUUGUCACAAUACCCAACUUUUCGCAAUUCUGCCAAUUCUUUCAAAAACAAGGUCAUUUGGAACCAUCAACAUAGGCGUUUGUUGAACGAGACAUGUGAAUCGAAGCAAGUCUGCCUAACAACUAAAAUUACUUGUUAUUUUAGAUUAAAAGAAAGGAUAUCAUUGUCAAAAGUUUGGCCAGUAGAAGUGUUUUGUAUACAGGGUAGCUCAUCCGGAAGGAAAAAGAAAGACGAAGAGAUGGGUUACAGUCAUCACGGUGUGGCUUAUGUUGAUUUUACACCUCUCCUAUAUCCAGGUGUGACUUAUUUCCGAGGAGCAUACAAGAUACAUCCCUUCAAUCUAAAAGAAUAUGAAGAAAAGACUAAACGACAGAAUAACGUGCUUCCAGAGGUUUUAAAUAAAGUGGCAAUUCAAAGUACACCAAAUGUGCCACCAGAGAAAAAGAAAGGACAGCUUAAUGUUCCAAAGGUUGAUAGAAAAGCAAGCGUGACAGGUGGCAAGGCUACAGGAAGAAGUGUUAGUACUGCUGAAGUGGAGCAUGAAUUCGAGAAACAAAAAUCGAAUGCAACACUGAACACAGUUCAUGAACAAACACUUAAUGACGAGGUGCAGAAUGCCGAUGCUCAACAAUACCUAGAUGCACAAACAUUUAUAAUUCUUGAAUUUCGUUUAGAUAAACCAUUGAUUAAAAAAAGAACCAUGGAAGAAAUUGAUCAUAAGAUUUCAUUAUAUAUAACAGAAAAGCAACCAGUUGUCAAACGUCAUGUGACUGCAGAAAAGGCUGUCAAAGAAUACCAUAAACAAAUUGCAGAAGUUGCUAAUUAUUUGCUAAUGGAAUUCAAAGUAAUGUUUGCUGAUUUAAUACAAACUGAUCAGUUACCUGUGGAUCACGAAUGUGCUGAACAAAUGAAACUUGAAUUAUUCUAUUCACUUAAUUCCUCUGGAAAAUAUUUUGCAUUUAAAGAACGCCUAAAAUUUGCUGUAAUUAAAAUAGUCAGAGAGAAAUUCUUUCGGACUAAACCAUUCACCGAUCAAGAACAACUGCAUCUUUUCCUACGAGAUUUAUUCGUCUAUCUUAUUGAUGAAAUGCAUAUUGGUUUGACAAAAGUCUUCACCUCAAAAGACUUGACAAAAAUUCCAGAAACCAAUUUUGCUGAUCCUGAAAUCUUGUUACGUUAUGCACAUGAAGCUGAACAAAAUCAAAUGUAUGAUUGGGCAGUGAAAUAUUACGAGGAACGUAUUGCAAGGGAUCCAAGUUCAUCGGCAUACUGGCUUGAUUUUGGCGUUUAUUAUUUAGGCCGAAAUGACUUGGAGCAAGCAGCAAUAUGUUUUCAUCGUUCAUUAACUUUGGAUUCUAAGCAAAGUACUGGUUUGAUUCUGUUCGGCCUUCUUUCUGCUAUGCAAAAUUCCAAUGAUGAAGCAACUGAUUUUCUGGAAGCAGCUGUAUCUCAUGAUCCCAAAAAUCCAAUUGUAUGGGUAAUACUUGGUUUAUUCUAUGAAACUAUAUCUAAUGAUAUUGGAGUAGACAUGGCUUUAAGUGAAGCUAAACGCUUAGAAGAAGCUGAUGAUCAUGAAAUAAUUGUCACGCCCAAAAGUGAUCUUACCGAUAAUCUAACAAAUAAACGUCAACCAUCAAAUGUCAUAUCUGAAGGUUCACAAAAUGAUGGCUUGAUGAACAGACUAUCGAAUGAAUCUACAAAUGAUGAAAUACAAAUUGAACAAGCAGAUAAUUCUAAAAUGCCAAUAAAUGAAUUAGAUAAAGAAAGUAAUCUAUCAGUAAUGAUCAAUGGGAAUAAAACUGAAAUGGACAAGACUAGUGAGAUUAAAACACGAAAAUCUCGUAAUUCAAAAGGUCAGAAAUCGGGUACAAAAGUUCUACCUGAUAUACAAUGUGAAUCAACAGCAGCGAUUUCAACAGCUUGUGAGAAACAACCACGAAUGAGUAUAUUUAUAAGAACCGCUGAAUUUCUUCUUGAGAAAAAUAUGUUCUCUUUUGCAUCUAUUGCACUGGCUCAUGAAUUGAUUGCACAGAAAAAAGAUCUAGAAUGUCAAUCAGUGUCUGGUGAUCCACAAAUCCUCACAGCAAGUUCAGCGCCUAAUUUACAAUCACAAAAUGAUAGUCAUACACCCAUGCCAACUCAAAUGUCUAGUGAUAAUCGUAAUCAAACGAACUUCUCAGCUACCGCUCUGUCAUCAUUAACCAAUCGAGUCUCAUCAACAAAUACAUUAUUUAAUCGUGUAUCCAGUUAUCACUUACUCUGUGCGCGUUUAGCAAUGAGUUCGCAUAAACAAGAUCUAUCAGAAGCUGAAUUCAAUGUCAGCUUAAUAAUUGAAGCUGAUCCAGAAGCUAUUGAAGCUUGGGCAUGUUUAGGUCAUUUGCGUUAUAUAACUGGGGAUUUGAAUGCAGCACGAGCAUGUUAUGAACGUUGUUUGGCUUUAAUGACAUGGCCUCCUAAAGAUCAACACAGUCUAUUUAUGAGAUUAGGUUCAAUUUACUUACAAGAACAAAAGUAUUUGGAAGCCAAAGAUAUUUAUUUACGUGCCUGCAAACACUCACCAACUUGUGCCACUUGGUUAGGUGUUGGUAAAGCAUGUUUCAGAUUAGGAGAAUUAGAAAAUGCUGAAGAGGCUCUUACUGAAGCUAAUUACAUCAAUAAUAGAAACCCUGAAGUUUGGGCUUAUCUGUCCAUGGUAUGUUUAAAGACAAAUCGACGUACAGAAGCUGAACAAUCUUUUAAAUAUGCCAUAAAGACAAAAUUAGAAGAUAAUGAACUAUUGAAUGAAAUUCAAGCUCUUCAACUUGAAGUUGGUUGGGGUAACCCAUUGGCUUAUUGGGAGACAUCAUAUUCACAGUAA